AUGUUGAGAGAACAAUAUGAGCGUGAAGGGGAAGUUACACGUGCGAGAGAUGGAAGAGACAUGCAAAGAAGAAGGGAAGAAAUUGAAGAGAGAGAAUUACAAGAAGCGUUACGUCAAAACAAUCAUGAUAAUCGAGUAAGGCGGCGCGAACGUUAUCGCGUGGAUGAUACAGAACAAGGAAGGAUUGCAUUACAAGAAAAAGAAAUGUUAAGACAUCAACAUGAUCGCACAUAUGAAGAGGAAAGACAUGAUAGAGCACAAAUUGAUGUGAACAUUGAAAGAGAAAGACGUAGGAGAAGAAGGGAAGAAGCUGAAGAAUGUGAGAUACAAGAGGCACAAGCAAGAUUAAAAAGACCAAUACGAGAAGAUUUAGAUCAAACCUUAAGUGAAGAAAUUCUUAGAGAAAUGGCGGAAUUAAGAGAAAUGAUAACUGGGCGAAGAAAUGGAGGAAGGAGGCAACUAGAAGAAGCAGUGGAAGAGGCUGGGAAAACACCUUUUACAAGGAAAAUUCAAAUGUGGGAAAAUAAUGAUGCAGUGAUGUGUAAUUAUUUUGCUGCGAGCUUGGCAGGGGAAGCUAUGAAAUGGUUCGAAGGGAUACCGGUAGAAACCAUUGGAUCAUUUCACCACUUACAUAACGUCUUUUUAGGACAAUAUAUCAGCAAUAAUAUGUCAAGACCAGGAAUUGAGAUGGCAUUUGGACUUCGCAGAAGAAUAAAUGAGAGUUUGCGUCAUUUAGCCACACGUUGGAGGACUAUGUGUAGUGAAAUGACAAGACGAGUGAAUGAGCGAUACCUUAUUCUAGCUUUUUUCAAUGCUCUCUUCCCUACAGAUUUAUUAUAUACACAAAUCUUUAGGAUAAAUGACACAAUAACAAUGUCAGAGUUGCGCGAAUUUCAAGAGGAGUAUAUAGCACCCGAAGAGAAGCAAAGACAUAUGGAGUCCUACCCAAUUGCAGUACCUGAUGCGAAGAGUGAAAAUGCAAGUUUACUUCCAAGAAUGACAAAUUCUGUUGCGAGUACCUCGCAGGGAAAUCAAGGAAAGAACGUUACAGAAAUGGAACAAAAGCUGAUAGCCAUGGGUAGCGCAGAUCAACAAGAAUUCGAAAGAGAAUAUAAAUAA